GCGCAACACGCAUGCCUGCACCAAUGGCGCCCUAUCUACUCUAGUACCGUGGGAUGACCAUCACGACCGCGCGUAUACACGCACCCCGGACUGCGCGAAAAGUUUUCCUUUGCCACGCAUCGAACGGAUAAGUCCAGCGAUCGCGAACUAAAUGAGCCGCCAUGUUCCUAUUUGGAGGGACGAGGAAGCAGUCGCCCCAAAGGGCUAGGGGGCCGGCCAUCUUGUCGACCGCGGACUGCGGCGUUCCAUCCAUUCAGAUCGUAUCCAACAACUAUCAUGCCGUGCCUAGGAAGAGAGGGCUGGCUGAAUGGAUGUGGACCUUGACGGGUCACAACAGAGAGGUUACAGUGAAGAGGGAACAUGUAAGCGAACUCCAGAUUAUGCUACCGACCCCGCCUCAGAACCAAAUCAGUUCUGGAGACGUCUGCUUGCUAGCUGAGAGUCCUUACAGGAUUUUGAGGUUGACGCUGUCGCGGUGGGAGCUCCGCUAG